CGCCGCGCGCAGGCGCCGCGGGGCUGGGCGGGGCCGGGCGCGCAUGCGCGGAGCGGGCGCGGCGGGAUGAGCGCCGUGCCGGGGCUGAAGGAGGACUGCGAGGAGCUGCUCGGCGCCUUCCAGCGGGCAGACACCGUCCGCUUCGAGCGCUUCGCCGAGCUGUGGCGGGAGCGCCGCUUCCACAGCGUCUUCUAUGGUAGAGUAAGAGCUUUGGAGAGGAAUAAGCUCACAAAGAAGACUCUAGAUUUGGUCCAGCAGUACUUCUUGCCCCCCUACUCCUUCCAAAUCCGAGUUGGUGCUCUGUACCUUCUGUAUGGACUCUAUAAUGCCCAGCUUUGUCAGCCAAAACAAAAGAUCAGAAUUGCACUCAAGGAUUGGCCUGAAAUCCAGAAAUUUCAGCAGGAUCUGCUUGACUCCCAGCAUUAUGAUGCAACCUAUAUCUUUAGGAGACUGCGACUUGCCAGAGCCUUCCAUUUCACAGCAAUGCCAAAGCUACUGACCUACAGGAGGAGUAAGAAGAAGAUUGCAGAAAAUCCUUUGAAAGAAGAAUUUAAGGACCCAAGUAACAGAGUAAACAGCCUCAUCACUAAUGAUGUAUUGGAGGAACUGAUGAAUAUUCACUACCACUAUCAGAAAAUGAAGUGUGUCAUUUCAGCUGACAAAUCCCAGCCAGACAAGGCCCUGAGCUUGAUAAAAGAUGACUUUGUGGUUAAUCUCAAAGACAUUACCUUGGAACAUCAGGAAUGGCUGCAGAACAGAAUGAGAUUAUUCCGAAAUGCUGAAGAAAUUGAUAAAGCAGAAAACAAAAAGAAAGAAGAAGCUUCACUAGCAUCAGAGGGUUCUGAAAGAGCAAGUGCCCUUGCCAGAAUCAAAUACAAGUCUUAUUCUGCAGCUGUUGAGGUUUCCAAAUCCAGGAGACAUCGUCAAGUGCAGUUAGGAUCCUCUGAAUCAGGACCCAGUUGUGGGAAGUCCCCAGGUCGAAGUAAAAAGUCCAUCAGGAGACUACAGCCAGCAAGGAGAAGAGGUUCUUCAGAAGCUGGAGGUGAAAUGCAAGUGGCAAAGGAAACUGUAACUCACCAUAUUGGGAUGCCAGUAAUCACAGAAGAGGACACAGAUGAAGGAGGAGUAUCUCUCCCCAAGAGGAGAAGACGACGUUAGAGGAUCCAGCUGGAGAAGCACUAACGUUCAUUUUAAUGAAAAAAUGAAAAUGUCAGAGGCAACACCAAGUGCUUGUUUUGGAGAUCUUUGAACAUAAAAGAAGUGUCUGGGACCAGAACCACAGGGGAUGCUGCAAUACUGGUAGUGGCUGGGAUACUUCAGCUGUCUCGUGGUGCCUUUAUUCACCUGGUGAAUGCUUCUUGUGGGAGACUGAAGUUACUGAGUCCUGGAUGAGAUGGAAAGAGAAGGCUCAGAAAAUAUUUGCCCCUGUAAGACCUGUCUGUAAUCCUUUAUCUCUGUACAUGAGGUUAAUGACUGUUGAAAAUUAGUACAAUAAAUUAUUUUUCAUUAUUGACUCGCUCCA